AUGGAGGAGAAUGAGAUACCUAGGGCAGUAAUAGAAGCUGCAGAAAAUGGAGAUUGUAAGCUGAGACCUGACAUCAUUUGGAGCCACAUGUCUUCCAUCAAAGGGCCGGAUGGUCAGAAAAGAUUUGCGAAGCUUUCGAAAAUCGCUCUUCUGGUGCUCACCAUUCCGCACUCAAAUGCAGAAGAGGAGAGGGUGUUUUCCAUGAUAAGGCAAAACAAAACAUCGUUCAGGUCAAGCCUUGAUGAGCAGGAGACUCUUGGGAGCAUUAUGACCAUCAAGAUGGAAAUGGCAAAUCAACCUGUACCCAAGGGAGGUGUCUUCAAAUUUCCACCAUCAGUACUGAGCGAUGCAAAAAAGGCAACCAGCAAAUAUAAUAAGGCCCAUUCAAGCCGCUAA